ACCACCUACAAUAAUUCUUUUUUUGUUUUUCAAUGUUUAUUAGCAUCACAUAAUGGACAGCGCUAAGACUGAGGAGCUGGUGCUCCUUGGCGCCAUUAUCGUCCACCUCAUAAUCACCCUUUUAAUACUCACCUAUCUCAGUGUCUGCCUACGAAUAUGGGCCCGGUAUCGCGUUACGAAGUCUCCUGGUUGGGAUGAUGCCGCCAUGAUAGCGACACUGAUGCUAUUUACGGUUUACUGCGCACUCAUUCUCGUCAUGAGCGUUCGAGAGAAAAGCAUCCAGCUCUGGAGCCAAGCUAGUAUCCGCACAACUCUGGUCUUUGUCCAACUUUCGGAAGUCUUCUAUGUUCUUACAACAACCUUUCUGAAAGUCUCUCUUGGUCUUUUCUUCCUGCGAGUCUUGACCAAAAGAUGGCAAAAGCAUGUCUUCCACACCGUUCUUACAAUUGGUGUGGUUUACGGCCUAUUCUACUUGUUCAUUGUUCUCUUCCAAUGCGGCGACCCUGGACAUAUUGCCGACGGCUUUAUUCAAAAGACGUCAGGCAAAUGCCUGCCUCCAGCAAUUCGCAGGAGCACGGGAUACAUCUACGGCAUCAUCAACGUCUUGGCAGACUGGACAUUUGUCUUGAUCCCCAUCUCGGUCCUGAUGGAUAGUGAUUUGGAUCGCCGGAGUAAGAUGAGUGUUGGCAUGGUCAUGGCCUUGGGAGCUGUUGGCAGUGUAAGUUCGAUCAUGAGACUGGUGUAUCUGGAUGGCUUAGAUUUGAGCACAUUGGAAACGUUGAGCCCGCAAGCGAUCAAGGCAACCAUUUGGGCGACUGCCGAACCCGGAACUGGGAUUAUCGCAGCUUCCAUUGCCAUCCUGCGCCCUCUGUUCCAGCAGAUAUUCAACGAUGUCCGCAAAUCAGCAUCGUUCAUUUCCAAGCCUCGCAAGGUGGAGUCUUCGGACGACGAGAUUGCACUGAGGGGUCCCGAGACUGUGACGCGGAAUGUGAACAGCAAACCAGUGAACAUAGAGACUAAGAGGAUGAGCAUGGACAGCAUUCAUGGUGAGGACGCACAAUCGCCAUGGAGCCCGACCAUUGGGUCGACGGAGGGUGUACCGCGCAUGAUUAUCGUAAAGGGAAAAACAACGCCAGCAUCGUAG